UAAGGUACAUAUUUAAAUAGGAAAUUAUAAAAGCUUUGCCUAGACUUUUUUGAAUCAGAAUUGAACCAUAUAUUUUCUUCUGAUCUGUGCUAUUAGCUCUGCUUUGGGCUUCACCUUUGACUGUCAGAGUGACUGCUGCUUGCCACUCACCAACAUUUUUCCAUUUGAGUAAGAAAAAGAACUGAAGAUUGGGGGGAAAAACAACUGAUAAAAAUAAUUUUUUCUCACAAUUCAUGAGUCAACGAUACAAAGGCUUCUUAUUUAAGAGAAAUAUUGUUCACCGUCUAAUGGUUGUCAUUUUAAAAUACUUCUACAGAUAUUUAGAGCACUGUUCGCCCCACACCCCCUCAGCUCCCCUUUCAGAAGCACAGUGGUAAAAUAAUAAUGUAAGAUAACAAAAUGAUUUCUGCACCCUCCUAAAAAGUGUUUUUUAGUGACAAGUCUGGUCCAGAACUGGAUCUGAUCUUUGUAUUUUCCUUGUGCUUUCCUAUUAGAAACUCUGCAUGAUAACUUCUUCAACAGAUGUCUUCUUUUGGCUUCUCCACUGAUUCAUCACAAAGGUCGUUUCAGAGUGAGCGUAAACAGUUGCAGGAGGGAGGAAACAUAAAAAGUUAUGGCUUGUGUGCUGCUUUGUUGACACUGCCUCUCCUCCACCACUGUGUGCACUGUCAUAAAGGUUUGACCUGCUGAAAGGGAUAAUAAUGAGCCAGUGUGAAUUUUUAAAACAUACUAAUGAGAAUGACAACGGGUCAAACACAGUCACCGUGUCCAAACAGGUGAGAAGAAAUGAGCACAACUCAAAAAAGAUUGUGUUUUGACUGGUUCACAAAAUGAAUAAUCGCUUGAGAAAAUAACAUCUAACUCUAUCUCUCUUAUCUUAACCAGUGAACUUGGAUUCACGCGAAAGUUCACCAAGAUGUCAGGGUCACAUACAGGUCAGUCAGAGCGCUCUCUGUGAGAGAGAGAGAGAGUGAGAGAGAAAGAGUUCACGCACAUAACGUUGUGGUAAUGUUGUUUAGGGCUGACUGUGCACUCUCCCAUUGUGUGUGUGUGUGUGUGUGGCACUCACGUUUUUUUUUUUACUGAUCCAGAAUCAGUAUUUGUUUGGACCAGCACAUUAAUAAUAAAGAGCACUAGUUGUUAAUAUUAUUGUUUAUUAUAUAUUUGUUAUAUAUGUUUAAAUAUAAAUAACACUUUGCACUUUUCAGUACCUUUUUCUUUCUAUUGUAUUGCUGACCAUCCACUUGUGCUGUAAAGCAUUGUUACUGGUCAGCACAGUGUAAUAGUGGUUAAAUACCUGCCUUACAGCAAGAAAGUCACCGGUUCAAAGGCUCAGGCAGAUGACCUUCCUGUCUGCAUGUUCUCCUCUUCUAGUAUGUUCUUGGGUGUGUGGUUGAUACUCUCGUAUUGUUGGAGCAGAUGCUUGUCCGUGCAGUACAAAGCACAUUCUGAUUACACUUAUUCUCUUUUGUUUUGUGUGGUUUCAUUUAACCACAGUGGUUGAACGGUGGUGCGCAGCUGUAAGAUGCAGCAGUGGAGGUGCAGAUGUCUGACUCCUGCAGCUGCUCAGCAGAUUUGCAGUGAGUGAUCGCUGCAGCAUAAACAGCCCAGAAAUCAUUCUCUACACUUGAACUUCACUUCACCCUCUUCUACUUCUUCCCCUGCUUCAUCACACCUGAACAGCAGAAUCCUGUUUCACACAUUCACACUGUGAUGAGAAAAAUACUCACCAGCUACAGCAUGACCAGCUGGAAACUCAUUCACCCUGAACACGCAUCAGCCUCCGCUGACUGCCUGAACACUGAGUAAACAAGGAUCUGUCCAUUAAUACCCAGGUCGCUGAGUGGGUCAGAUUCCAAAUCCCUGAGUAGAGAUGAGAACUUUUGUACGUUGUUUUUUUUUUUUUUAUCUGACCCUCACUGCAGGUAGAGUCUUGUUCAGAAUUGUAUAGUGUCACAAAUAAUACUUUUUAAGUGACGGCAAGCCAAUUUUCAUAAAUCUUCUUCAACCUUAAAUGGGUUAGUAGUCAUCUGGAAACACUGGCUCUACAUUUGAAAGAGUGAAUUAUAUUAUACGUAGUGGCCAGAGAAAUAUUUGAAGGUCUUGUUUGAACACAAAAUGUCAGAUUCUAAUAUGUUAGAGACAGAACUAAAACAUUUUCAGGUGACAUCAUUGUUGUGUUAAAUUGUCUGAUUUCAGCUUAAUAACGUUGUAAACAUCUCUGCUUUUAUAAUGAAAGCACUUUUGUUCCACUUUCAGAGCAUCUCCAAUCUCUUCACCUCUGUCUUGUCCCAAACACUGCAACAAGUUUUUAAAAAGUAUGCUUAACAACUGGUACAUGAAAGAGCAUUUGCAUCUCUGGGUGAAUUCAGGGGUUUAAAAUAGAGAAAGAAUGUGACACUAUUUAUCUGCUGUUUCAGACUCUGUGAGCAUAAUUUCCGUAAUGAGGAUGGAACAAAGAAAGAUAUUGAGGAUUUUUAUUGUAUUUUGCAUUUUGUAGUGUAUAGCCCAUUCUACAUUUAUUUUAAAAAGACAAAACCCUCAACACAUCAAGCUUUGGAUAUUAUAUAUCCAGGGUUCCGAUGUUACCGAGGUGAAACAGAGCAAAGUUAUAGAUGUCUUGACUGUAGACAUAACAAAUUCAGAGGUGAGAUAUUUUAAUUAUUGAACAACAAACAAUUUAACUUCCUUUCAUUUGUAUUUUUUAUUCCAGUAUCACCCCUUUCAUGGAAAACGCAAGAAAACAAUCAGUUAAACUCCAGUUUCUAUUGACUGAUUUGCAUGACUGUCUACUCGUUUUAAUCCUUUAAUCCAAUAGAAAGUUGUGGUCAUCAGUUCACGCCAUCAACAACAUCUGACCAGGAAUGAAUGAAACUCCACCUCUGUCUAUUGUGUGCAGAUCUGUAGGUAAUCUGCUUUUUGUUUUUAUUUGAUCUUCUACUGUAAAUGAAUGUACAAACAGCAACCUCUGUGGGAUGGUAGUUAAAAGUCCUGGAUUUGAGAGUGAAGGAUUGCUGGUUCAAAUCCCUCAGUUUUUUUUCUGUAUUUGAGGUGUCGUAGCCACGUAGACAUUCUGACAAGGUCGUUGACCUGAACAAGGCAUGAAAAGGUUAUAAAAUGCUAAGAAACACACUGUUUUAUAUUUUCUAAAACAUAAUACAAUGUUGAUUGUUAUAUCUAGUUAUAUCUAUCAGCAUCUAACAGUAAUCACCUUUAGAUGUGUCACAUAGGAGCUGUACAAGCUCAGUUUUGAUUAGAUUUCUUUAAGGACUCGCUCCUUAUCAGAUAAGCACACAUACAACUGUUUGUGUGUUAUCAGAAAAAUAAAGGUGAACAUGCUUUCUUCAAACCUUAGAUUACCGACUGUGGGUGAAUGUGGAGCUGCGUGAGUUCAGGAUUUGGGCCAGGCGUGUUCCACUGUUUGCUGUGGCUCAUCUUCGAUCUGGGGGUGAGUAAAGACCUGGGCCAAAUAACAUCACAGACCAUGAAGAAGAGAAAAAAACUAGAACGUUUCUCUUUUAUUUUCCAAAUGAUUCGCUUGUGUAUUUGGACACACUGGACAAUGUUUCUCCAACAGUGACAGCUGAGACACUUUAAACCGUGGAAUAUCAUUUGGUCUAGUUUAUCCUAAAAAUAGUUGAAAAAGUCCAGAAACGGAGAGUAGGUAGUGCAGCGAUGAAACAGAAACAUUAUUUGCAUCAUCAACACAUCAUUCAUUCUUCCUUCCUAAAUGAUGAUGCCAAACCUUUGAGUCCCACAUGUUGCCAAUACUGUCUACUACCCACAUGUGUCAUGUAUAUCAUUAUGGGUAUUCUGUGGUCAUUAGAAUGUAUGUCAUGAAAGUUUUUUCUUAGUUGUGUCUGAGAUACUCCAGUCUAAAGUAUUUGUUUAAAAACAUGUUGGUUUGUAGUUGAAGUAGUAUUAACUAUAAAUCACAUGUUUUACCGGUGGAUUAUGGGUUAGACUUAAACUGCGUGUCUGUCUGCUGUAGUGUCAACCAUAGGGCACACAGUUUUGAUGAGAAUUCCAUUCAGUAAGAACUCACAGUGAGGGUGUGGCAGUGGAUGAGCUCCAUUCUCUGAGCUGCAUGUUUACUUUUUCAUGCGAUGCACACGCACAGGGAUAUAACCGUGCGCGUGCGACGCUGCUGACCCGCGUUUGAACUCGCUGUGAGAGAUAUCAUUUUUAUAACACACACACACACACACACACAGAUGCAGGUUAAAGUCCUCCAGAUUAGGCAGAAGUUGUCUGAUAGAAACGGAGUCAAACAGAGGACAGCCCCCCCCCCACCCUCCUCUCUUAUAGUCUGUCUCUCCACUUUCUUCAUCAUUUCAUCUUUCUGUCAUAUGUGCUCCCUCCUUCCCUUUCUUCUCCUUCCUCUCUUUACUUUCGCGCAGCACAGAUGCAGUUUUUACGCACCAGUCACCCACCAUCAACACAGCGCACACAUCAAAUUAUCCCCGUGCGUAAAAUCCAGAAACACAACAUGACUUUGAAUGGCACUGGUGAAGGCAGAGACCCGCGGGGAGUGGGAUUAAGAUGCUCUCCGUGCCGGAGCCUCUUUCUCCACUUUACUGAAGCCGCUGAAAAUGUGCUGCUCUAAAGAAAGCGUCUUUGCUCUUGAAUGCAGGCCGCCCUGCAGGCACGAUUACUGAUCCUGCGUGCGGGCCUUAAGCCAAGGUAAUGAGUGUGUAAACUAGCUGCCUUGUGGCCAACAAAGGCGACUCGGGGACGCGUUUCCAUUGUCUCGGGGGUUGGGGGGGGAAUCAUCACCUUUUCUGAGUGAAAUCCGCCGCGGAUUGUCUGCGUGCAACAGGAGGUAUAGGGGGAUUAAAGAUGGAACAAAUGGUAAGGCAAAGUCAGCCAGUACAGGCCGGGGGCGGGGCCGAGCGACUCCCACAAUUAAAGAUGAACUUUGUGUGAACUAAUUUAUCUGAGGGAGGAGAAGGUAAGAGGCUGCCCGCCGUCCUGGCAGACUAUAAAAGCGGUGGAUGUGCGCAGUGUCGGAGCUUCAGUUUCGAGGAGGGAGAGUGACAGAGAGCAUCACCUGAAACACAUCCAAAGACACAACACAACUGCAGCAACAUGGCUCUGAGCGCACUGCUCGCCACCUUCUUCUGCACCAUCGUGCUGCCCAUACUCGUGUUUCUUGUGGCGAUGAAGUUGUGGGAGGUUUACAUGAUCCGGGGCAGAGAUCCGAACUGUUCCAGUCCGUUGCCACCGGGCUCCAUGGGCUUACCUUUCAUUGGAGAGACGCUCCAGCUCAUCCUCCAGAGGAGAAAGUUCCUGCGGAUGAAGCGGCAGAAGUACGGAUAUAUCUACCGCACUCAUCUCUUCGGAAACCCGACCGUGCGCGUCACGGGGGCUGAAAAUGUGAAGCAAAUUCUAAUGGGAGAACACAAACUGGUGUCCGUGCAGUGGCCCGCGUCCGUGCGCACCAUCCUGGGCUCGGACACCCUGUCCAAUGUGCACGGAGCCCUGCACAAGAGCAAGAAAAAGGCCAUAAUGCGUGCCUUCUCUAGGGAAGCUCUGGAGCUCUACAUCCCUGUUAUUCAGGAGGAGGUGCGGGCUUCCGUGAAGGAGUGGCUCUCCAGAGACUCCUGUGUGCUGGUCUAUCCAGAGAUGAAGCGCCUCAUGUUCCGUAUUGCCAUGAGGAUCCUGCUGGGCUUCGAGCCCGAGCAGAUCAAGACUGAUGAGGAGCAGCUGGUGGAAGCUUUUGAGGAAAUGAUCAAAAAUCUUUUCUCUUUGCCCAUUGAUGUUCCCUUCAGUGGACUGUACCGGGGUCUGAAGGCCAGAAAUUUCAUCCACUCCAAAAUUGAAGAAAACAUCAAGAAAAAGGUACAAGAGUCAGACAAGGGCUCUGCUCACAGGGAUGCCCUGCAGCAGCUCAUAGACAGCAGCAAGAAGAAUGGAGAAGCCCUCAGCAUGCAGGCCAUUAAGGAAUCUGCUACUGAGCUGUUGUUUGGUGGUCAUGAAACCACAGCGAGCACAGCAACGUCUCUGAUCAUGUUCCUGGGCCUCAACCCUGAGGUUGUGGACAGACUGAGACAAGAACUGAUGGACAAGGAAGAACAGGGAGUGGACAUCCAGAACUUGAACAUUGAGUCUUUGGAACAGUUGAAGUACACUAACUGUGUCAUUAAAGAGACUCUGAGACUGAACCCUCCUGUUCCUGGAGGAUUCAGAGUGGCCCUCAAGACAUUUGAACUCAACGGAUACCAAAUUCCCAAAGGCUGGAACGUCAUUUACAGUAUCUGCGACACCCAUGAUGUGGCAGAGAUCUUUCCUAACAAGGAAACCUUCCAGCCAGAGCGUUUCAUGACCAGAUUUUCUGGCGGCGACUCUAGGUUCCAGUACAUCCCAUUUGGAGGGGGCUCCAGGAUGUGUGUGGGCAAGGAAUUUGCCAAAGCCCUGCUGAAGAUCUUCCUGGUGGAGGUGGCCACAACAUGUCACUGGACUCUUCUGAAUGGGCCACCCACCAUGAAAACAGGACCUACAGUCUAUCCUGUGGACAAUCUGCCCACCAAGUUCACCAACUAUGUUCAGAAUUAAGCAAAUGUCAAAAUUAUAGUUUUGAGGCAUGUUUUUUUUUUUAAAUCUUUCAAAAGGCUAAGGAAGAACUCAGGUGUUCAUAGAAAACAGAUCAGAGACAUUCAAACAUGAACUGACUCUUCUGUUUGUUUUCUUGCAUUUUUUUUGGCAGUACCUGUAAAUAGUGUAAAUGACUUGAGAAUGGAUUUCAUAUUUUAUAUGACUGUGUUAACGUUUUUGUAUAUAACUUCCUCCUGAAGAUACAAACUAAACUAAAGGCACUAUACACCGACAUGGAACACUUAAAUCAACUUGGCGGUGUAUCUAUAGGGUGAUGUACAUACAGUAUAUAUAUAUAUAUAUAUAUAUACACACAUACAUACAUAUAUUUGUAUAUAUAUGUAUAAUUUAGAGUCAGUUUAUGUAACAUCUGUAUCAUAUCACAACUUAUUUAAGUGACGUUACAUUGUAUGGGCUUUUAUUUAAUAAAACAGUUUUGCAUUGAAUCUGUGUUUGUGUCACUGUUGUCUCCAUGCAUCGAUUUCUUUUUUUUUGCACUGAGUUGAAUGUCAUUACCAGAUGAAUGACCUCUGUUCCCC